UAAUUGUUUGGUUCUUUUCGUUCUCUAAAUUUUUAAUUUCCUUCAAUUUAUCUAAUCAUCUAUGUGUUGAGAAUAAAUUGUGACGAUUUUUGAUUCAAUUUAAUUGUUAAAUUCCGUGACAAACUUAUCUCUUUUUCCUCUAUGUUAUUGUUUACCAUGUGUUCACAUUUUGAAGAUUAAAUUGAUUUAGUAAUUUGUUAUGUCUUCUUUCCGAUCAAUUAAAGUUAACAAACGACAGUUUAAAUACCUUAAAUCACUGGCAAAUGAUUUAAAAGUUGAUCCAAAUUGUAUUGAAUCUAAUUGUUCAACGAAUAUUUUAUUGGCAAAUGUUGGUCUUCUUACUGGUAAUAAUUAUGAAGAUAUUUUCAAUCUAUUCUCAACCUCUAAUUGUAUCGAGAAUAUAUUUCUAUUCACUAAUCAGAGAUACUCUUUGAUUAAAUUUGAUAACAUUGACUCGGCGAUUGAAGCAGUUAACAAAUUUAACGGGAAUUACAAUUCGAGCCUUGACAAAGUAAUUUAUCUAAUCCAGAUAGCUGAUGAUGUCGCUAAUCGAUUGAUUAACCAGUCCCAACAGAGUAUAAUUAAUCAGUUCAAAUACCAACCAGAAGGUUUGAGCAUUUUAAAUGAAAUAAUCAGUGAAGAUGAAGAGUCAAUGUUAAUCAAUUUGAUUGAUUGGUCUUCAGAUGGUAAAGUUGAACAUCUUAAAAAUCGUAAAGUUAAACAUUUUGGUCGUCGAUUUGAUUAUAUGGUUAAUGGUAUUGUUGAUGAUGAAACAAUUGAUUCGAUUCCUGAUUGUUUGAGAAAAUUGUUUACCAAAUGGUUCGAUGAUCAAGUAAUCAAUUAUAUUCCAGAUCAAUUAACUGUUAAUCUCUAUGAGAAAGGACAAGGAAUCCCGAUGCACAUUGAUACUCAUUCGUGUUGUGAAAAUGAGAUUGUUUCACUUUCUCUUGGCUCACCAAUUGUUAUGGAUUUUGAGAGAAUCAAAUCAGUUGAAAGUUCAUUUAAUUCAUGUUCCGUUUUAUUAAAUCGACGAAGUCUUUUGAUUCUCAAAGAUGAAGCUCGUUAUUGUUGGAAUCAUGGAAUAGCUUGUAGGAAAUUUGAUGUUUCUCCUCAUCCAGAAAAUUCUGAUCGAUUGAUUUUCAAUCAAAGAUCAACUCGCAUCUCAUUUACUUUGAGAAAAUCAAAAAAUUCUGAUUGUUCUUGUGAUUUCCCUGAAUUUUGUGACAGUCAACAAGGUAAAGAGAUUAAGAUUACCAAUUCCGCCGAGAUGGAGGAUCAAUAUGUUUACAAAGUUUACGAUGAAAUUGCCGGUGAUUUUAGUCGAACUCGUUAUAAACCUUGGCCUAAAGUUAAACAAUUUAUUGAUUCACUUGGAACUGGUUCAAUUCUUUGUGACAUUGGUUGUGGUAAUGGAAAAUAUCUUAACCUUAAUCGUAACAUUUUUAACAUCGGAAGUGACACAAGUUUACAAUUGUUGGAAAUUUGUAAACACCGAGAGAUGGAAGUGAUUGGAUGUAAUAUAUUGAAUUUACCAUUUCGUUCAUCGUCAGUUGAUCAUCUAAUUUGUAUCGCUGUAAUUCAUCAUUUAUCAUCUGAAGAACGAAGAGUUUCCUCAUUGAAUGAAAUGUCUCGUAUUCUGAUUCCCGGUGGAACGGGACUCGUUUAUGUUUGGGCUUUGGAACAGGUUAAAGAUGGAAACAAAAGCGUUUACAUAAAAACAAAAGGAAAUGAUCAACAAAUCACCGAACCACUUUCACAGGAAAUCCAAUCAUGUUUACCUGUUCAUUGUAAUCGAACUGAAUUUAAACAACAAGAUCUUUUCGUCCCAUGGAAAGAUAAAAACAAAGAGAAACAAUUUCUCCGCUAUUAUCAUGUUUUCAGAGAAAAUGAAUUGGAAAAUUUGUUCCAACAUGUUAACAGUCUAGAGAUAAUUGAAUCAUAUUAUGAUCAAGGAAAUUGGUGUGUCAUUUUUAGGAAAAAAUUCCAAAUCAAUCAAUAAAAUAAACAAAUAAAGUUAAUCAAAAGUCCAA